UGGCCCACGCCAGACCUUUGUAAUCGAGCGUGAAAGCGCUUGUGUUGAUGUCGGCUGCUGCUGUCCACUGCGUUUGUUAACACACUUUGGAACCAACCUUCAAGCCCCGAGAUGUUCUUGUCCGCUGUAGUUCGCUCUGCCGUAUCGCAGACGGCCAGACAGGUCAGGAGUCUGCAUCGGUCUGCUGCACGUGCUGGAGCUGGUGGCAUCUUCGUGCACAGAGAUACUCCUGACAACAACCCAGAUACUCCUUUUGAAUUUACAGAGGAGAACAAAAAGAGGAUUGAGGCAAUCAUUUCAAUGUACCCCGUUGGACACAAGCAAGCCGCCACCAUCCCGGUGUUGGAUGUAGCCCAGAGGCAACAUGGAUGGCUCCCUGUCGCCGCCAUGAACAAGGUGGCUGAGGUUCUGGAAGUGGCUCCAAUGAGAGUGUAUGAAGUAGCGACAUUCUAUACAAUGUUCCUGCGUCAACCCGUGGGAAAAUACUUCAUCCAGAUCUGCACAACAACACCCUGCAUGCUGUGCAACUCCGACAGCAUCCUGGAGGCCAUCCAAAACAAACUGGGUAUCAAGGUUGGAGAAACCACCCCUGACAAGAUGUUCACCUUAAUAGAAGUGGAAUGCCUGGGUGCCUGUGUGAAUGCGCCAAUGGUCCAGAUCAAUGACAACUAUUAUGAGGACCUCUUGCCGAAGGACAUUGAGGACAUUAUUGAUGAGCUAAAGGCAGGGAGAGUCCCACCACCUGGGCCCAGGAACGGGCGUUUCUCCUGUGAACCAGCAGGUGGAUUGACCUCUCUGAUUGAGCCUCCUAAAGGACCAGGCUUCGGUGUGAGACCGGACCUGUAGGCUUUUUUUGGCCAGCAUUUGCUUUUGUUGAAAGCAACUUGUCCCUGAAGCUAAUAUUAUGCUUAAUUCAAACACGUUGUGUAAAUAAAUUGUUCAUAUACCUGUG